UAAACAGUGCGAUACCGUGGGUGGCACACGGAUUUCCCCUGUUCACAUUUUGUUUUUCUUUUAUCGCUCGUUUCAAAUGGAUGAUCAGUUCGCUUGGUCGAGGCUGGGGGCAUCAGCUAAGUUUCUGAGAUGAGUUCUCCGGCGCUGUCGGCUGUGCCUACCAAUUUGCGAGCAGGAUGCGCAGUGCGUUAUGCUGCUGACUGGGAACUGCUGCAGUGUAAACAAGACUGUCCGCGACCGCUGCGGUGCUGUGGCGGAGGAGAUCACCGUGCGCCCUGCCCGCGGUAGUGCAGGUCUCGGCGUAAAGACCUUUUCCCGCAACCCAUCUGUGUUGUUUUGCUGUUUUAUUAGCCCAGACAGUGCUGCGAUGGACAAACUGCCCUAAAGCCACCAGAGCGAGCGGGGUGAGGAAAUUUCAUCCAACUGGACAGCUGUCAGCAGCUUACUUUUCUGUCAGAUGGACUGGGGACGGAUGUUUUUCCACCGCUGAGCAAGCAUCAACUUCAACCUGAAAUCAUGGAGACGGAUGCUGGGGACACGACUGCACCCGCGACCUUAUCACCCCGUCCACCAUGUGCGCGCAUCUCCUGCCACAAGAGCAGCAACAUCUGCUCCCGCUCCUACUUCAUGGUCGUGAUGGUGUUUUUCCACAUAUACAUCAUCAACGUCAUUGCACUGCUACUUUACGUGCAUUACAACGACGGCCACGGAGGUGCGGGUCCGAGUCGUGAUGCCCCCAGCGGUGAGCACCGCCAGCUCCCCGAGUCUCACCGUCUGCCGGCACAGCCCGAGUUCCUGCGUGAUAUUUCCCUGCCGCGGAUCGAGGGGAUAAGGGUGGGGCAUGUCCAGAAGGUGUCACUAGUGACAGAUAAAGUACAUGAAAUGCGGACUCUAAGCCUGAAACCUCUCCUGUUCGAGAUUCCUGAUUUUUUGUCCGAGGAGGAAUGUCGCGUGGUGAUGCAGCUCGCACAGCUAAAAGGUCUAAUGGAGAGCCAACUAAUGGUGCAAGAGGGCCAGGAGGAGCUGGUGGAGGAGCUAAACCUCAGCCCAGAGGACAUCUUCAACCUUCUUGAUAUCAACCAGGACGGACAGCUGCAGCUCCACGAGAUAUUGACUCAUUCCCGGGUGAGGGACGGCAUCUGGCUCACACCAGAGAAUCUGCGAGAAAUCUAUGCCGGGCUCAAAGCUGACAAGGAUGGAAAUGGUUUGCUGAGUCUAGAAGAGUUCAGGCUUCUGAGCAGCGAUGCAUUCCAGCGCUUUCUGCUGCAGCAAGGGGUGAAAAGAAGUCAGCUGGUGAGGAACAGCAGGCACACUUGGCUGUACCAGGGCAAAGGAGCGCACCGGGUCCUCCAAGACAUCAAGAAAAGGGUGACUCGUCUUACUCGGCUCCCACCUGCGUUAGUGGAUUUAAGUGAGCCUCUCCAGGUGGUGCUUUAUGAGCAAGGAGGGCACUACCAUGCCCAUCACGACAGCGGUCCUGUCUAUCCUGAAACCGCCUGCACACACACACGCCUCGCAGCCAACACUUCUACUCCUUUUGAGACGUCUUGCAGGUACAUCACAGUUCUCUUCUACCUGAACUCUGUUGAGGGAGGCGGGGAGACCGCAUUCCCUGUGGCAGACAACAGGACCUAUGAUGAAGUGUCUCUUAUACAGAAUGAUGUGGAUCUUUUGGACACCAGAAAGAACUGUGACAAGAGUAACCUUAGGGUGAAGCCUACCAAAGGGACAGCUGUGUUCUGGUACAACUACCUGUCUGAUGGGAAAGGUUGGGUGGGAGAGCAGGAUGAAUAUUCACUGCAUGGAGGCUGUAUGGUCACUCAUGGCAUGAAGUGGGUCGCCAAUAAAUGGAUUAACAUCGACCCAGACUACCAGCGGCAGGCUCGCUAUCAGCAGUUGGUGUCACAACAGCCAGAGGAUGACGAUGAUGAUGAUGAGGGGCUGAAGAUGAGCACUGACCCGUACAAUUCUGACACACAUCAAGACUUGUAGCUUUUAAACCAAAUCCUAAAAUCUACCUAACCUUCCUUUGUCCUGUGCACAACUUCCUUCCUUAAUGUCCUCUGCGGCCAGUAUGUUGAGUUAUAUUCAGGGAACGAGGUCACAGUGGGUUUAUGCAACUGUAAAGAGAGAUCUUAAUGUUAAAUAUUGCUUGGAUAUUGUUAUGCUAUUUUUUUAACCCUCUGUAAAAACCCUAUUUUAGGAAUGUU